CUGACACACACACUCACAGAGGCAGGUGUGUGUGUGGCCUCUGCAGCGGCUCCAAUUAAUUCUGCAACAUUCGGAUUUAUUUUUGUAUUCAUAUUUUUUUUUAAAUUUUUUAACACACAUAAAAAAACACCGCCAUCAUGUUGUGGACAGCGAGUCAAGUGUUGAGGAAAUUCUCCACCUCUUCUCAUUAUUACCAGAAUAAGCUGAAACUAGCGAUCAUUGGCCAGAGCCUGUUUGGCCAGGAGGUGUACAGCAACCUCAGGAAGCAGGGUCACAAGGUGGUGGGCGUGUUCACGGUCCCUGAUAAGGAUGGCAAGGCCGACCCACUAGCGGUGGCGGCAGAGAAGGACGGCACGCCCGUGUUCAAGUUCCCGCGGUGGCGCGUCAAGGGGAAGCCCAUCCCAGAGGUGGUGGAGGCCUACAAGGCGGUGGGCGCCGAACUCAACGUCAUGCCCUUCUGCUCCCAGUUCAUCCCCAUGAACAUCAUCGACCACCCCCAGCACGGCUCCAUCAUCUACCACCCCUCCAUCCUGCCGCUGCACAGAGGAGCCUCGGCCAUCAACUGGACCCUGAUCCACGGUGAUAAGAAAGCCGGCUUCACAGUGUUCUGGGCUGACGAUGGUCUGGACACCGGACCAAUCCUGCUGCAGAGGGAGUGUGCUGUCGAACCCAACGACACCGUGGACACGCUCUAUAACCGCUUCCUCUUCCCAGAGGGCAUCAAGUCCAUGGUUAAGUCGGUGCAGCUCAUCGCUGAUGGAAAAGCCCCUCGAGUUCCCCAGUCAGAGGAGGGAGCGACCUAUGAAGGCAUUCAGAAGAAAUCCAAUUCCAAGGUCAACCUGGCUCAGCCAGCUGAGGCCAUCCACAACUGGAUCCGUGGCCAUGACAAAGUCCCCGGUGCCUGGGCUGUCAUUGGUGGUCAGCCUGUGACUCUGUAUGGCUCAUCCGUGUUGGGGGGGUCUGUCCCAGCCGGUCAGCCCCUGGAGAUCGAGGGGGCGUCACAGCCCGGCCUGGUCACCAAGAACGGGCUCGUCCUGCAUGGAACUGAUGGGAAAGCAGUCAUGGUGAAGAACCUACAGUUUGAAGAUGGGAAGAUGAUCUCUGCCUCCAAGUACUUCUCCUCGGGAGAAAGCUCCAGCGUGGAGCUGACCGACGACGAGAAGAAGAUGGCAGAGGAGAUCAGGAACAUCUGGAAGGGCAUCCUUAGCAACGUCUCAGCCAUAGAGGACACCACAGACUUCUUCAAAGCCGGGGCUGCCUCCAUGGACGUGGUCAGGCUGGUGGAGGAGGUGAAGCAGAAGUGCGAGGGCGUCCAGCUGCAGACCGAGGACGUGUACAUGGCCACCACCUACAAGGACUUCAUCCAGAUGUUCGUCCGCAAGCUGAGAGGAGAGGACCAGGAGGAGGAGCAGGUUAUCGACUAUGCAACCAAAGACGUGAACAACAUGACAGUAAAAAUGCCGCACCAGUGUUUCCUUAACGGCAGUUUCGAGGAUGCAGAAGACGGCAAGACCUACGCUACCGUCAAUCCUACUGACGGAUCGGUGAUCUGUAACGUGUCCUACGCCUCAGUGGGGGAUGUGGACCGGGCGGUGGCAGCUGCCAAAGAAGCUUUUGAGAAUGGACCAUGGGGCCGGAUGAACCCUAGAGACAAAGGAAGUCUGCUUUACAAGCUUGCAGACCUGAUGGAGGAACACCAGGAGGAGCUGGCAACCAUCGAGUCCAUCGACUCAGGAGCCGUGUACACGCUGGCCCUCAAGACCCACGUAGGCAUGUCCAUCCAGACCUUCCGCUACUUCGCAGGCUGGUGUGACAAGAUCCAGGGUAAGACCAUUCCCAUCAACCAGGCCAGACCCAACCGCAAUCUGACCUUCACUAAGAAAGAACCACUGGGUGUGUGUGCCAUUGUCAUCCCAUGGAACUACCCUCUCAUGAUGUUGGCAUGGAAGAGCGCUGCCUGCCUCGCAGCUGGAAACACACUGGUUCUUAAACCCGCACAGGUCACUCCGUUGACAGCACUGAAGUUUGCAGAGCUGUCAGUGAAAGCUGGAUUUCCAAAAGGAGUCAUCAACAUUUUACCAGGCUCAGGUGGGAUGGUGGGACAGCGUUUGUCCGAUCACCCGGACAUCCGCAAGCUGGGUUUCACCGGCUCUACGCCUAUCGGCAAACAGAUCAUGAAAAGCUGUGCACUCAGUAACUUGAAGAAGGUUUCUCUGGAGCUGGGAGGGAAGUCUCCUCUCAUCAUCUUCAGCGACUGCGACAUGGACAAGGCUGUUCGCAUGGGAAUGAGCUCUGUGUACUUCAACAAAGGUGAGAACUGCAUCGCUGCCGGCCGUCUGUUUGUGGAGGAGUCCAUUCACGAUGAGUUCAUCAGCCGAGUGGUGGCGGAGAUCAAGAAAAUGAAGAUCGGAGACCCACUGGAUCGCUCCACAGACCACGGCCCUCAGAAUCACAAAGCCCACAUGGACAAGCUGCUGGAAUACUGCGAAGUCGGAGUGAAAGAAGGAGCCACGCUGGUGUACGGAGGCAAACAAGUGGACAGGCCAGGUUUCUUCAUGGAGCCCACCGUGUUCACUGACGUCGAGGAUCACAUGUUCAUCGCCAUAGAGGAGUCCUUUGGGCCUGUCAUGGUGGUGUCCAAGUUCAAAGACGGCGAUGUGGAAGACGUGCUGCGGAGAGCCAACAACACAGAGUACGGCCUGGCUUCAGGCGUGUUCACCCGCGACAUCAACAAGGCCAUGUACGUUAGCGAGCGGCUGGAGGCUGGAACAGUAUUCGUCAACACCUACAACAAGACCGACGUGGCUUCACCUUUUGGAGGCUUCAAGCAGUCCGGCUUCGGCAAAGACCUCGGAGAGGACGCUCUCUCGGAAUACCUCAAGACCAAAGCAGUGACUGUGGAGUACUGAGGCACAGACUCUCCUAACGAACUCUGACCCACAUCUGGAUAGGAAGGGACUCAUCUGUCUGUCUGCUCUGAUCAGACAUCCAGCUACAUACAGCAUUUCUUCUGGGACAGCGUGUGUGUGUGUGUGUGCGCAUGAGUGUGUGUGUGUGUGUGUGUGUGUGUGUACAGUACGAGUGAGAGGAGAGCUUUGUUGUUUAUGUCGGCUCAGUUUGAACAAUGUGCCUGUCUGUUUUUGGCUGUCUGCGUGAAAAUUGACAUCACGGACAAGUAACGUGAGGUUUUUCUUUGUUUUUUUUACCCGCCUCUGUAUCAACACAUACAACACACAGUUGGACGCCGCUUUGCCAGACGGGAGCCGAGCUUUCUGACUGUUUUCUUUUAUUCUUUUUAAAGAUUUCAGUUCUUCCACAAUCAAUGUGAAAAAACACAAGAAAGCUGUUUUUUACAUCAAAACACUACUCACAAAGUUUCCCCUGAAACCUGUUUUCCGUUCAUCAAUCAUGUCAGUUAAAAAUGUAGACAUAAUCAGCCUUUUUUUAUUAACUGUGAAGCUGCCCUCACCAUUCCUUUAACAUCAUUUUUUCUACCUAGUUUGGUAGCUUGUAGGCUGUUGUGUAUCGUAGCAGAAAAAAGACAAAGGCAUUACAUAUGAGAUAAGUUAAUUUGUAUAUGAGUGUGAAUGUUAAGUGUGUGCAGAUACCUUUUUGGGUUCAGUUUUGGAGAAUAUGGUGCCCUUACAGGACUACACAGGAGAACUGCAUCCUAGAAGCAAAAAAUAGUCCCAAUAAUGAAGCUAUUGAUCAGAAUUGAAUGUCAGGUUGAUGGGGAAACAGGGUUCAGGUUAAAAAAAAAAAAAGUCAGUUAUUUUGAGUCCUUAAUCCACAUGAAACUAGGUCUGACAAAGUAAUCUCAACUCAAGGUCUACUUACUAAGUUUUAACCCCACUCAAAAGCUUACAACAAACCUAGUACAUUGAUCUUGAGUUAUAGAGUAUCUUCACAAAAGGCUGAAAAGCAACAUUUCACUGUUUUCUCUGGUUGGACCUGUGCGCCUCUACCUGUAACCAUACCCAAAGUGAAUGAUCAUGGUGCAGUUACACACCCUGGAGUACGGUAUAACAUCUCUUUUUCACUACAAGAGGUGUUAGGUUUCUCUUUUAAUUAUUAUUUUGUCAGACUAUUAUUUCCAAGCUCAAGAAUCAACUUUGACACUUAUAAAACAAACUGGUAGCAUUGAAAGAAGGGACUGUUUUAGGAGUGUUUUAUUUAAUUAACUGAUUUAAGUCUUAAAGAAUGAGUAUUUAUGACGAACAAAUGCUGGUGAAGAAUUAUACUUUUAGAUUGAUUUCCCUCCUCCCAGGCACGCAUUAAUUUCAAUUAGUUUCACACACUGGAAGUCUUGCAGAUUUGGUUACAACAAGGUAAUCCAUCACAGUAAACAUUGAGACAUGUAUAUGUAACUGAAAGCUGGGACUCCUUCAUUUAAGUGUGUUUGUGAAACUGUGACAUCCAUGGUAGUAAAGAUGACUAUCCUGAAAAGAGCAAGUCGUUUCUCGCAUUAAAAAUCUUGCUUCCUUACAUUUGACUCUAGAAUCUCAGAUUUCGCAGCAUCCUUCAAUGCAACAUCAAGGAAUUCUCGAGAUUCACUGUAACGUUUACAAAAAGUAAUCAUUUCCUGUGAUGGAUUACCUGCCUCAAACAUAUUUUAAAUUAUUGCUGUUAAUAGUCUUCCUUUAUUUGUUUGUGAACAUUGAAAACACAAAAGCACCAGAGUUUGUACACUCUUAAAGCACUUAAGGUAUUUAAAAGUGCCAAAAAGUGAAUUUUGUGACAUCUAGCGGAAUUGACUUGGCAGAAAAUGUAAUAUAAUAUUUAUAAUUACACUAAUUAAAGUUUUAAUUAGUGUAUAAUCACAAGAAAAUAAAAAUUUGAGUUUGUUUUUAUAUUCCUACAUACUUGUAAGGAAUGGGCGAGGGGUAUUCAGUUAGUUGCAAUCUGCAACCUCACCACUAGAUGGCACUACAUCCUACACACUGGUCCUUUAACUGUUGAUUUGGUAGUGAGCCAUUUUUAUUUGACUCUGGUUGUUCACAUCAUGUUCUUGCAGCUGUCUGUUCCCACAUUGUAACUUAAGACAUUUACUCUCUCUUCCCUUUUUUCAAAUUUGACUUUCUUUGUAAAUAUUUUUUAACAAAAGAGGGGGGAAAAGGACUUAUUUGAUAUAUUUUUGACAAUGUAUUUGUCAGACAGAGGAAGAGUGUAUGUCGUAACACUAUAUUAUAUUUGUCAAAAACACACCAGCUAGAUGUUUUUAUGCAUCACUAAGUUGUGAAAUUAGGUUUUUUAAUUUUAAAUUUGUCCCAUGUUCUCAGUAGAGGCAGUAAGGGCUAAGAAGCAAAUGUUUUCUUUCUCAGUCUUUGUGAAAAUGGAGAGCACUGUCCCCUCAAUCACCACCCCUCAAACAGUAUGUCUUAAACCAGUAAUGUCAUACAAUGGUGAAUAAAGGUUGAUUUGAAUUUUACUGUACAA